AUGUCCAACGGAUACGCCGGGCCUAGCUCAUGGCAAAGCCAAGCUCAUCCUUCCUACACUCAUCAUUCGCAACUUCAGCUAGAGCACGAAUUGGACUACAGUGGCGACUCUGCGGCUGCUGACAACCAAGGCCAAGCAUCACAGUCUACAGGCAUGUACGGCGCUUCGUAUCAGUAUUCGCAACAGCAGCACCAUCACCAUCAACAGCAGUCUGUUCCCGCUUUCUCCCCGCCCUUGAACAACUUCAAUCAAAAUGCACCCCAGCCACCGCAGCAGAGAGUACCUAGCUUUGGUAGCUCCAAUUUCGGCGUACCGACGUUCUUCGGACCCAUUUCCAGCGAGCAAGUACAAAAUGCUGGUGCAUCAUUUAACCCACCGCGGCCCUAUCACAGCAGUAACCCAUCUUACGAAUAUGACAGUCAAAGUCGCCCAGGACCACUAGCCCCGUCUGCUUUGCACCCAGUAGAUGCGGCUCCUGCCACUUACUUGGCCACAUCCCCUCUACCGAUGCAGGAGACGUUUCCAACCUCGCCGCCUCCAAGCGGAUUCACGCAUGGUCAACAAAGCACUUAUUACCCGCCACACGACCCUGCGCCUGGCCCGGGAAUCUCCAAACGUCCACGUUCUGACCACACCGAGGACGCAAGAGGUGAUGAUCACGACGACGAUAGUGGCAAUAACGACAGCAAGGAGUCGAAGGCGAAACCCCCAGGAGCAUGUGCACGUUGCAAGGGGCUCAAGGUCAGGUGUGAAUUUCGUACGGACACAGACCCAUGCAAAAGGUGCUUGAACGGUGGACACGACUGCGUUGUCCCGGGCAGGAAGAAACGAAGGACGCCACCCAAACGGGAGCACCUCCUGAAUCAAAUCCGUGACCAAGCAGAUGAGAUCCAUAAACUUAUGGCUCAACUCGAAGCCAUGAGCUCGCAAGGCACCACCGCUCAGCAGAAUCAACCAUCGCCUGCUUCCAUCGGAGCGUCGACUUAUCCGUCUGGUAGUACUGUCCCUUCGACGACAGGCGCAGAUCUUCAUUCCCCUGUUCUGUCCCCUACAUCAGCACAAUCGUCCUAUUUCUCAGAUAUCAACGGGAAAACGCACGAGGGUACCCCAGAGACAACCAAAGCGGUUGCUGAUUGGAUAGCCAAAGCGCGGGACACCUUACUGCAAUUCGAUGGCUUCUUGGGCGCCGUUCCAAAGCGUCUUGUUGUCGAAGAAGAUUACGAAGAUACUGGCAGCGACAGCGAUGAUUAUGAAUACGUUGACGCAGAAGAAGGCGACGAAGAAAUGCCAGAAGCAUAUGUCAUUUCUGUACAGAACGACGGAGAAGCCCAGCCUCCAGCGGAUGGUCGCAAAAUCCGCCACCAACUGUCGGGCACGAGUCUAAACGGCAAACGUAAAGAAUCGGAAGACUUGGUUUCAAGACCCCCGGCCCAGAGCCCAUUCGGUAUCUUUGCUACGAUGCUGAAGAAAGCCCUACCGGAAACGGAAACUAACGAAGGGAGCAAGCCUGAAGUUGGUGUUGCCAACCCUGAUUUCUUCAAACGUUUGUCCUCUCAGCAGCAGUUUCCUCAUAUUCUCACCCGCGGUAUCAUCACCCUUCCUGAGGCAGAGCAACUGUUCAAGAUCUACUAUGACCGCAUGAACCUGUCUGUGUCGCUGCUUGAUCCAGUCUUAUACACGGCCGCUACCACAUGCGCCCGUAGUCCAUUCCUCUUCACCGUCAUUUGUGCGAUUGCUUCUCGAUUCUACACAGAGCGGCCAGGACUCUACAGUGACAUUAUGCAUUAUGCCCAACUUGCCGCCGGGACAGCUUUGAUCAGUGGUCCCAAGAACAUCGAGGCUGUACAAGCUUACAUCCUUCUGAGUUUGUAUCCUGUACCAGCACGCCGCUGGGAAGAAGACCGUGGAUGGUUAUACCUCGGGCUAGCCAUCAGGUUUGCUGUCGACUUGAAUCUGCAUCACCCUAGUUCUGCUAAACCUCAAAACGAAGCUCACGCUCGGGAGAUGCUCAACCGUACGCGUGUGUGGUUGAAUUGUUUCAACCUCGACCGAUCGACGGGUUCGCAGUACGGGAAGGCUGCGAUCAUCCCAAACACCGACUAUGUGGCGAAUCACUCUGAAGAUUGGUGGCGAAGUUCCCCUUACAAUAUGGACAAAUUCGACAUUCAUAUUUGUGGCUACAACGCUGAGCUUCGGGUUAUGGCUGCAUUUACGGCUAAAAUAUACAGCGAUCCAAACCAUCCUACUGGCUUAAACAAGGAUGUCGACUUCGAGCGCCAUGCGACGGCUACCGACGAGGAACUACAGCGGCUUGGUUCGAAGUGGUUCAACGUACUCGAUCAGAUGGACAUGUCGGAUGAGCAGUUCUGCUUCCGAACGGGCCUGUUGAAGCUUGCAUACAGCUAUGCACGAAUGGUAGCUCUGUCUUAUGCUUUCCAACACGCCUUUGGCAAAGCCGGUAUGGACGAGAAUCCUUUCCUCACACGCUGCCUUACCGCUGCCACAGACGUAGUAACUACCGUCGUCGACAACAUCGGUCGUCCUAAUCAGCGGAAAUUCCUUCGUCAUGGACCUGAGGCUCAAAGUGUGUUCGUCACAUUCGCUGCGGCCUUCCUCGUCAAGCUCCUUCAACCUAAGUUUGCCACCUACCUUUCACUCCAACAAAGACUCGAUAUAAGGCGACACGUCAUGAACGUCAUCGAGCUCUUCGGCGGACCUGAAGUUGCACUUGAUGAUCGUCAUGGUCCUAAGCUAUACGCCCGCUUCCUCAAGAACCUCCUCAACUCACCUAUGGCUAAAGUGGACACCUCGGGCACGAGUCCUAUGCCUCGCCAGAAGUCGUCCCACCGUAGCAAGUCCGCGAGCAUGACGCCCGAACCCGACCGUGCUCUGGAUCUACAGUCCUCGACCCUGACUAGCUAUCCCUCACCUUCGACAGGCUCUUACACGCUUUCCCCUCCGCCAACCCAACUUGCUAUGUCGUUCGACAGGUUUGCUCCUCAAGGUGGAGCUAUCGACCCCUUCAUUGGGAACUUCCCGGCCGGGCAAUCCAAUAUUUCCGCACAAGACGCUGUCGGCGUGACUAUGAACAUUCAGGAAUACUUGCAGCCUGUUCUGCCAUAUGACAACGACAUCGUACAGGGUAUUCAAGCUCUCACAGAUCCUAGUGUUUGGCAGAGCAUCGCCGAUCCCGGUUAUAGCUGGUUAACUCAAUUUUCUCAAGCCACAACUAUGCAUAUGAAUGGCGCCCAAACGUCCAAUCCGACAAUGUACGAAAAUCAUAGCCAACGACGUCAGUGA